AUGUUAAAAGACCUUUCUGUCAAAGACGACCAUCCGGACGCCUCACAGUCGUCCGCAAAGUUUCAAGAGGGAGGCUACUUUCAAUGCGGUUUCUGUAAACGUCACUAUAAUCGCGCAGACCAUUUGAUCCGCCACGUACGAUCUCAUACGCGCGAAAAGCCCUAUGUCUGCGAUGUGUGCGACAAAGGCUUCGCCAGACCAGACCUAUUAAAACGCCACGCCGCUGGACAUGUGCAUGACCGCGACCGCAAGCGCAAGCGAAGCUCUUCAGUUGCCAAACAAAGUCGGGUAUCGCAGGCCUGUAAGGCGUGUGCCUCGUCGAAGCUGAAAUGCGAUGAGGACAAGCCCUGCCGCCGAUGUCACGAGCGAAAUUUACAGUGUGAUUGGCAGGAUGUCUUGCAGGAUUCGUCUCCGGAGCCGCUUCAGCAAAGCCUGCCCGCAGACGGCCAACCGCAAAAUCUAGCAACGCCUGUAGCAACGGCCUUUUCGCCCAUUUCAACCCCAGUGGAUGAAUUCCCGCCCACGAAUAUACUGGUGACACCACGCGGAGCCCCGGAGAUGGCUAUUUCUUCAAACCAAAUGCAUACCGGUGAUGAGCAGAUUUCAUUGGAAUACGAAGUGUCUCCCAACGACCAAGAAAGUGGAAUUUUCAGCAUCGAUGGCACAUUCUUUCCUAAUUUCAUCCCCGACUCUUUAAUUCCCUCAUUAGCUCGAUAUAGUGAUCCGGAUCCGUCCAGCAUGGUUCCAGAGUAUACUCAGUACGGUGCACUAGACAAUGUGCAAUUUGACUUUGACCUAAAUGAUGGUGACUUCGGUCUGAUUGACUUUUAUAAUUCGCGAAAUCUGCUUCCUGGGUUACAUGAGAAUCUCACAGAACAGAACAUCGCCCACUUCGAUGCCGACAGCGGUAUCGCAAUGGGUGCCGAAGCUUACCACCGCUCCUCUCUGUCAGCUUGGAAGCCUAGCCACGGGGACUAUGCAUGCAACGACCAUGAGAAUCUGUCCGUUCCCCAGACAAUCGAUAGUCCAGAGGCCAGUGUGACGUCCGACCGCCAGAUUCUCUGUGAGCGGCUAUCGCCCAGCAGCCGUGACCUGAUCUUCGGUAUGGUUCUAGAGACCAGUCACAAGGCCCACUUGAGUCGCAUUAUGCGAUCUUUCCCCAGUACUGACUUACUGGACGGAUUGAUCCAACAAUAUUUUGAGAUUCAAAAGCAUGGAGUGGACUCUUGGAUCCAUGGACCAACUUUCCAGCCGAAUGAGCAAGAUCCCGCCAUCCUUGGUGCGCUGGCGGCCGCAGCGGCUGUUCGCUCUACGGUUCCAACAAUCAGAAAACUUGGAUAUGCCCUGGUCGAGAUUGUGCGGCUGUAUAUGCCUGGGAGGUAUGAAAGUGACAAUAGUAUCACUCGCGAUCUCCGAAUCUCUCAGGCUUAUUCCUUAACCAUCAACGUUGGAAUCUGGAGUGGCAAUCGACGCAAGACGGAAAUAGCAGAGAGUUUUACGCAGCCAUUAGUAACAAUGCUUCGUCGUGCUCUGAGAUUUCGUCGCUCGGUAUAUACUACGAUUGUGCCUCUUGUUGAAGAGACCGGCGAGGCCUUGGAACAUACUUGGCGUGAAUGGGUUGAGCAAGAAUCCUUCAAGAGACUUGUAUACCAUGUAUUUUUACAUGAUGCACAGACAGCCAUGGCCCUCAACGUCAACCCCCUCAUUUCAUAUGCCGACCUGGAACUCCCACUGCCGGCAAAGCGCCAAUUAUGGGAAGCUAAGUCAGCUACCGAAUGGAAAGGGCUUUGUCUUGAGUCGAUGACUACGGAGCGUGUUCCAUCACUCGCCGAUUUACUUCGUGACAUGUCUCAAUUAUCUGUCUUCCAAGACCGCAUUGAUACCCAAUUGACGGCUUUGGUUCUUCUUCAUGGCAUGUCCGCCAUGAUAAAUGAGUAUCAUCGACUGAGAUUUAUUUCAACUGGAGACUCGAAGCAUUGGCAUGCCCUGGUGACCAAUUCUCGUCAGCAAGAAUUGGACCGAGCGCUUCAACACUUCCGUAUCGUGUGUUCCGAAUUGUGUGUUCAAUCCCGCCCGGAGAUUGUGCUCGUUUGUGAGGUUGUUUCAAUGCUCCUCCAUAUGUCUCUUGAGGAGCUACAGCUUUUUGCUGGGAAAGAAGACAAACAAGAAGCACGCCGUGUAUACCAUUCCGCCUUGGAGUGGAUUACAAGCCCAGAUUCUCGGCGAGCUGUCUGGCAUGCAGGUCAGACUAUUCGUGCGGCUCGCGAAAUGGCACCUGGCUCCCUGACUGGAUUUUUAGCUAUUGGCGUAUAUUAUGCCAGUCUGGCCUUUUGGUCAUAUAGCGUUGUAUCUAAGGCCAAGAAUGUUCAGCUUCUUGGAAGCCCGGCAGCUCACCUCGCCAGUCGUGGACCAGCUGUGUUCUUAGAUGGUGAGGAGGCUGCGAACGUAUCUAAAUUUGUCACGUUGGGUUGUGGUCUUCCGGCCCUACAAAGCCCAAGUGGACCGGCCUUCCUGGAAGAACCUGCAGCGGUGAUGCAGGUGGUCCAAGGCGUGCUUCGGGGACAGAUGCCCAACGAUACAAUCCCACCUCUGGUGCAGAGUCUCGCUCAAUUGAUGGGCGAUUUGGGACACUGUGCUCGCGGGGGAGGACGAUGA